AUGACAGAGACAUCAGUUCCAGCAAAAACAAAGGCGGCCGAGACGAGCAGAAGUACAUUUGCGCCCAAGUCAACAGAGACAGUGGCACCGAAAGACACGACGACAUCUCUGAAACAGGGUGAGAGCCAGGACGAAGACAAAGGAGGAGACGGGGACCAGCUGGAGGGUGGUGAGCCGGAAGGUGAUGAAGAUUUACCACACGAGGGCUCGGAAGAAGCAUACGAGGAGAGCAGUGACGAAGGGGAAUCUGGAAACGUAGGCUUGUCGUACUUGCUACAAGAUCACGACGACGAAGAAGAAUCAGAAGACGAAGAUUUCCACGAAUCUCAGGAGGAAGAUGACGAAGACGAUGAUCCCGAAAUCCAAGAAUCUGACGAAGAGGGCAGCACACCCGCUUCGUCAAGCGCCAAGCGCAAACGCGCGCAGCCGUCAGGCUCGAAUGGGGCUAGCAAACGGGCAAAGUAG